AUUGUAGAAACUCCUUUAUAAUAACAAACAAGACAAGUAAUAAUUCAAAUUUUAUUUGGUCCAUGUUAAAUCAAUUCUUAUACUACUGUUAAAUCGAAGCAAUGUUUCUAUGCAAGUUUCGUAUACAUUAUAGUCAAGUUCAAGAAAAGUCUGAAAGUUGUAACUAAAUUGAAAGCAAUCUUUAAACAAUCGUCUGUUCAAAUAAAUUCUCAUUAUGGCUGAAAUCAAACAAGACACCACCAAAUCAGAAGAUUCUGAAAACUAUAGUGUUGGUAAUAGUGCAGAUCCAAAAAAUAUGCAAGAACUAACUCAAUAUGUUCAAACACUUUUACAAAAUAUGCAGGACAAAUUUCAAUCCAUGUCUGAUCAAAUUAUUGGGAGAAUUGAUGACAUGGGGAAUAAAAUAGAUGAUUUGGAAAAAAAUAUUGCUGAUCUUAUGACACAAGCUGGAGUAGAAGGAACAGAGAAAUAAAUCUUAUUUAUAUAUUGAUAAUUAAUGUAAUAUUGUUCUUGCAAACAAGAAAAUAAAAAUUUAUUUAACAAAA